AUGUUUUAUUCUUCUUUCGGACCUGCUUUUGCUUCCCUUAGCCUUGUACUUUCUGCCUCAGCUCUCUCUACCGAACUCAACAUCGUCAACGCGGAGAUUUCUCCUGACGGGUUCACUCGUCAGGGUGUGCUGGCGAAUGGCACUUUCCCUGGACCGAUCAUCAAGGGCAACAAGGCUAGCAACUCUCUUCCAAUGUUUGGGGAUAAUUUCCAGAUCAACGUAAACAAUCAACUCACUAAUGUCACAAUGGAGACAUCAACUACCGUUCAUUGGCACGGUAUUAAACAACGACACUCUAAUUGGGCAGACGGUCCAGCGUUUGUCACGCAAUGCCCCAUCGCUGCCGACGACUCCUUCCUGUACCACUUCGAUGUCCCGGAUCAAGCAGGUUUGCAGUACUGUGAUGGGCUGCGCGGGCCUCUCAUCGUAUACGAUCCCGACGAUCCACACAAGGAUCUAUACGACGUCGACGAUGAUACGACCGUCAUCACGCUCGCUGAUUGGUAUCACCUGCCUGCAAAUGAGCUGCCGGUCCCGACAUACCGCUUCCGACUGAUCUCCACUUCGUGUCACCCAUACUUCAACUUCACAAUUGAUGGCCACGACAACUUCACCAUCAUCGAGGCUGACGGCGAGAACACGGAACCCCUACCGGGCAUCGACCAAAUCCAGAUCCACGCUGCCCAGCGCUACUCCUUCGUCCUGGAAGCGAACCAGCCCAACGGGAGCUACUGGAUCCGUGCCACUCCGGAGAAGAUUGUCAACGGUACCCCCACCGGUCUGGCUAUCCUGCGGUACCGCGGUGCAGCUGAUGAGGAUCCGAGUGGCAAUACUACCGUCACUCCCCAGCCGAAGAACCCUCUGUUGGAACCCAACCUGCGAGUAUAUGGCAAUGUCUCCAACCCCACGGUGCCAGUGCUCCUCCAGAUCCUCAACGGAACGUACAACGCACACGACCUCAUGCCGAACAACAGCGUCCAGUACUUGCCUAGGAACCAGACGAUACAGGUCACCAUGCACGGCCUACGCGCAGGACCCCACCCCAUCCAUCUGCACGGACAUUCAUUCUUCGUUAUCCAGAGUGCCGGUAGCAACGGCACUAACUAUGUCAACCCUGUACUGCGGGACACGGUCAGCAUUGGGACCAACACAACCGACAAGGUUAUCAUACGCUUCACUACUGACAACCCCGGCCCCUGGUUGAUGCAUUGCCACAUCGACUUCCAUUUGGCCGCCGGCUUUGCUCUAGUCAUGGCGGAGGCUCCUGAUGACGUUCCCGGAUUUGUCGCUCCCAUCCCCCCGGCGUGGAAUGAACUGUGCCCCAAGUACGAAAGUACUCAUCCGGGUAAACUAGUGGCUUAA